UGUUACCACGCUGCAUACAACAAUGUUUAUUUUAAGUGUAUUUGUUGGUUUCCUGUUUAUUGCAGUAUAUCUUUUAAAGCAAAGUAAACAAGAGGAACCGCGAAAAAUAUUUGGAAUUUAUAGCCAGCCUGGCAAAUGGUUUCUACUAAAAUAUUAUGCAUUUUUACUUCUUUUGUUUGUUAGAAGGCUGAAAUAUUAUAUUUUUGGAAAAAGUUUUUUUCAUAAAGAAAGUGCGAUAGAAAAACUUCAGCCUUUGUCUGGUCAUAAAUUGGCAUUCGAUGCAGUGUUUUUUCAAGCUGUCACUCAAAGUGGGAUAUAUUUUUGUGUAGGAACAGAAAGACGACAAGAAGCAAAGGUGAAUGGAUUAGUGUACUUUCUGAUACCAGAAUACGGUCUGUUAUUGAGUGAAAAGCUUCCUAAAACAACAUUAAAUGCAGAUCCAGCCCCCCUUCUUUCAAAUAAGGAAUAUGCAGCUGAAGGAAUUUGUAUCACACCAGUGGUUCCAAUGAAACUGUGGAGGAUAUCGUUUAAAGGAAAGAUGAGGCGUCUAGAUGCUCCAGAUAAACUUGUAAAUGUGGACUUUCAAGCAGAAUGGCGUAGCAAUUUGCCCUGGUUCCUUGCCGAGGUCGACGUUCCCAUUAAAAUAUUAGCUAGAACUAUAGCGAGGGAACCGUGGACAGAAGAAUUAUUCCAGUCUUUGAAAGAAGCACAUCAAACUCAUUAUGAACAAAUGGGCUAUUUAACUGGAAAAUUGCAAAUUGAUGACAAAGUGAUAACACUAACGGAAAUGGAUGCAUUUCGGGACCAUAGCUACGGUUACAAAAGGGACUGGUCCUUGAUGCACCGGUAUAUUUUCCACAUGUUUUACCUCGUAGAUAAAACGAAGAUAUCAGUCGGAGUUAUUUGUCAGCCUUCCACGUGUACCUAUUUAGAAGUGGGUUUCAUAGUUCACCCUAAUGGCAAGAUGGAGGCAAUCGAUAGUUGCGACUUAUUACUGUAUCAACAUGGAGAGAACGGUAUUCUAAAUAAAGAACUAUGUUUUACAUUCGUCGCUAAUGGCACUACUUACGAAGUAAAGGUUAAUUACGAGCACGAUGUCGUGCAUUAUGUAGGAAACGAUAUUGAGGCCAAGAUGAACGAAAGGUUCCUUGUUUGCGAGGUAAAUGGAAUACCUGGACGAGGUCUGUCAGAGUGGCAUUAUAACAACGUUAAACAAAAUUAAUGAGUUAUGCAUUAAAUUGAUGUAGGUCUCGAGCCUCAUUUCUUGUGAUCUAAUUGUCCCUAAUGGAGCUUUGAGCCUUAAGUUAUUUUUGCAGAAGGGAAGGACAACCUGUUUCCAAAUGUUCCGAUAAAUUAAAAAAUUGUGUCCCUUUUUGUUUUCCUUUUCUCAAUUAAAAGGCAUUAUAAAAUA